CUCCCCACGUUCCCUAUGGAGAAGCCAGCUGCCUCAACGGAAUCCCAAGGGCCUCGGCCAGCCUUGGGCCGCGAAAGUGUCCAGGUGCCUGAUGACCAGGACUUUCGCAGCUUCCGGUCAGAGUGUGAGGCGGAGGUGGGCUGGAACCUGACCUACAGCAAGGCCGGCGUGGCUGUGUGGGUGCAGGCUGUGGAGAUGGAUCGGACUCUGCACAAGAUCAAGUGCAGGAUGGAGUGCUGUGAUGUGCCAGCUGAGACGCUCUACGACGUCCUGCACGACAUAGAAUACAGAAAGAAGUGGGACAGUAACGUCAUUGAGACUUUCGAUAUCGCCCGCCUGACUGUCAACGCCGACGUGGGAUAUUACUCUUGGAGGUGUCCCAAGCCCCUGAAGAACCGUGAUGUCAUCACCCUCCGUUCCUGGCUCCCCAUGGGCGCUGAUUAUAUCAUUAUGAACUACUCAGUGAAACAUCCUAAAUACCCACCUCGGAAAGACUUGGUCCGAGCUGUAUCCAUCCAGACUGGCUACCUUAUUCAGAGUACAGGGCCCAAGAGCUGCGUCAUUACCUACCUGGCCCAAGUGGAUCCCAAAGGCUCUUUACCCAAGUGGGUAGUGAAUAAAUCAUCUCAGUUCCUGGCUCCCAAGGCCAUGAAGAAGAUGUACAAGGCCUGCAUCAAGUAUCCCGAGUGGAAGCAGAAACACCAGCCGCACUUUAAGCCAUGGCUGCACCCGGAGCAGAGCCCAUUGCCCAGCUUGGCAUUGUCAGAGCUAUCAGUGCAACACGCGGACUCCCUGGAGAAUAUUGAUGAGAGUACAGUGACAGAGAGCCGCGAGGAGCGAGCAGGUGGUGCAGGAGGAGAGGGCAGUGAUGAUGACACCUCGCUCACCUGAGUACAGCCUCUCUGCAAGGACCAAGACAGGACUGGGGUCAAGCCCUAGGGCACUGAGCCUUCUGCACUUCCUCCCUUCCCCCAUCUGCCUUCUGGGGGCACUGGGCUCCUGCUCAGGUGGCUGCAGCCUAGCUGGACAUGGCCCCAA